AUGGUAUUGAAUAUGAAAGAAAUGAUGGUGCAUGCUAAGGUUUUUUGCUUCCACAUUAUUGGGGCUUGGGAGGAGAAUCACGAGGAACAUCUUCAAAUCUCCCAGGUAGAGUAUAAAAUCCUGAGAAAUCAUGACAAUGACUUUCCUCAUGUUAAGAAAGCAAAUAUUCCAAUAACAAAAGGUGGUUAUCUUAUACAUGGCACUACUCAUAUGCACACUGGUGUUGUCAAUAUUACUCUAUAUGGACAGGAUGGAAGAGUCUUAUGCACGUCGAAUCCAAAAUACGGAAUAGGAAAAGAGGCAGGAAAUGAAAAUGGUUACCUAGUUGGAAUGUUGGUUUGCAAUCCAAAACCUGGUUCUAUCAAAAUUAAAGAUGGUGAAAUUCUGACAGUGGAAUCUAUAUAUGAAAAUAAGUUUCGAACCGGGGCUAUGGGGCAUUUCUACAUUUACUUGGCAGAACAUAUACUAAAAGAAGAUUUGGAAAUUUGA